AUGAAACAAAUAUUAUUGCCGAUUAUUCUACUGGUUGGUUCAAUCUACGGGUACAUUGAGGACAGUAUAAAUCCAGCAUUAAGCGAUGAGACAUCUCUCUUGCCUCCUCCUUAAAACAUAAGCUAUGGUACUCUCAGUGGAUAGAUCGAUCCUUGCAAUCUUAAUUUCGACAUUAAUAUGAGUGUAAAAGGUUCAAAUCAUCUCCAGGAUCUACUUGCUUAUUAUAAGCCAAGACUCUUUCCGAACAUAUCAUAAAAUUGCAAUAUUAAAAAAAGAUUGCUAAAAGCCUAGGUAAACACUAUAAAAUUUAUCAUAAACAAUGAUAUAACUGAACUGAUGACUAAAAGCUUAGAGGAUAUGGAUGAAUCCUAUGAAAUUUACGUAGAUCAAGACUUAACUUAAAUUCAAAUUAAAGCAAAUCAAUAUGUUGGUUAUGUUAGAGGUUUAGCUACAUUAAAGCAAUUAAUCAAGCCCUCUAAGAAGAACUAAGGCUUUUACGAGGUUAAAUUCUUGCCUUUGAUAAUUAAAGAUGCUCCUAGAUUUCCCUAUAGAGGAUUUAUGCUCGACACUGCAAGGCAUUAUCACUCAGUUAAGACUAUUAAAGAAAUAAUCGAUGUUCUGUCUUCAGCUAAAUUUAGUGUGUUCCACUGGCAUAUUGUGGAUGAUGAGAGUUUCCCAAUGGAAUUAAAAUCCUUCCCUAGUAUUACUCUCAAUGGAGCAUUUUCAGCUGACAAGGUAUACACUAGAGAAAUGAUGACAGAUAUUAUUAACUACGGACUUAAGCUCGGAAUAAGAGUUAUCCCUGAGUUUGACAAUCCAGGUCAUACUAGAUCAAUCGGUUAUGAUCCAGAACUAGAGCCAUUAAUGAGAUGUUGGAAUACAAACUUCUCCUAUUACUUGCCAGAUGCUUAUAGAAUUAAAGGGGCAAGAACAGGUGUACUAGAUCCAUCUUAUAGUUAAUCUUAUGAAGUAAUUGAAGGAAUCUUGAGAGAUAUCAAUGACAUUUUCCCAGAUAAUAUGCUUAUGCUUGGAGGUGAUGAAGUCCUAACAUAUUGCUUUGAUGAAAAUCCAAAAAUAAAAGAUUUUAUGAAAGAAAAUGGAAUUCUUACUUAUUCAGAUCUUUUCCAGUAUCAUAUAGAGAAAGUUAAAAAAAUAGUUGCAAAUAUAAAUGCAAACAAAACCACACUUUACUGGUCAAAUGAAGAUACAUUCUUCCUCGACUUUAAGCCAAAUGACAUUCUUCUUUAUUGGGGCCAGUCUAGCAAUAUAGGUAAUCUAUCAUAAAUCUAUCCAAACAACAAAUUUGUUUUACUUCCUGGAGAUCACUACUAUCUUGAUUGUGGAAGAGCCAACAAGUACGGAGGAACUACUUGGUGCGAACCUUUCAAGUCAUGGUGGUCUAUCUAUCAAUUCGAGCCGGAAGAUUAUCUCACUAAGGACCGAGUUUACGGAGGUGAAGUUGCUGCAUGGAGUGAAAAGUUUAAUGAUUUGAACAUACAUUCUGCCAUUUGGCCUAGAGCUUUAGCACUUGCAGACAAGCUUUGGGGUCAAAAGGUACCAACUGACCUUUAAAGACUAACAACAAGAUUGCACUUAUUCGAGAAGUAACUUGAAAGCUAAGGAAUCCCUUUCACUCCAAUCACUGAUGGAUACUGCGAGGCAUCAAAUAUUUGCUUUGAAAGACGCGAUCCAUUGCUUUAAGUUGCUAAUCCAAUUCAUGAAAAUGUAGAUAAAUACAACUUUAUCAAGUGA